UUCUAAAUCUUUUACAAAUUAAAAACAGCCAACUAUACAAAGAGUCAUUUACUCUAGAAUUCAUCAAUGCGGCAAUGGAAUAUAUGUCAAGAUGUCAAGAUGAAAACCAUUUGCGACAUAAGUUUUGCACACCUAAUUUGUCUGAGAUUACCAUUGAAAUGAUACCCUUAUUGUCCGUUCACGAUGAGGAAGCGUAUAAAUUUCGGGAGAUUAUUGAAAGAUAA